GUGUGGUAAGGAGAGGGUGUGGUCGCUCUCCGCUCAUCACCCAAUAUAAAUCAAGAACUCUCGUGUUUAUAAUUUACGCAAGAUAAAUUUGUGUUCUAGCAAAUAAUUAUUUUUUUUUGUGCAUGGAAGUUAAAUUUAUUUCUUCUAAAAACUUGGAUGGUGUUGAAAAAGUAUAUAUUAUUUUAGAAAGUUUUGGAAAAUUAUUAUUUUUUUAUACAGAAGAAAGUAUAGAUCCUGAAAGUUUGGAUAAUCAAGAACUUAGUGUUUAGGAAAAAUAUACAUAUACUGUAUAUAUAUAAUUUUACCUAAAACUUAUUAUUUACAGUGAAGAACUUGUUAUUAUUUACAGUGUAGAAAUUAUUAUUAUUUACAGUGAAGAACUUGUUUACGUCUUCGUGAGUGUGGCUGCCAUGUCAUGUGAUCAGGUCAUCUCAAGAGACUAACGACGUUGACCUCGCCUGACAACGUGAUUAGUCCACCUAUCGCUGGUACCUAAGAGUCUAUCAUCAACGCACAUACAACAACUGUACACGAGCCUCGAACUGUGAGAUAACAAUGUUAAUAUCUCCCACGAUCAUCGAUGGCUUUAGGGUCACCAGCUGCUAAAUCUCAGAUAGCGCCUCACCGUCCAUGAAGCAGUGUGGCGAUUGUACAGCUGUGCCUCCACCCGCAGCUGACAUGCAGCGGUGUGGUCAGCUGUGAGCACCUCCUGGAAAGCCCAUACCCCGACGACAUGCUGCCCUGGAACUUCACCACCAUCGAUGACGGUCUCUACCACCUCAACCAUAACAUGACAUUAUGGAACACCACCAUCAGUGGCCUCAAUAACAGUACUUACUACAAUCAUCACACACUCCACUCCUAUCACCAGUCGCAGCCCCCUGCCUUGUGGGCCCUCAUCCUGGGUGUGUGUAUGGCAGGGGCUGUGGCACUGGUUGGUGGUGUGUGUAACUUGGGAGCUAUCGUGGUGCUAUUAAAAGAGGGGUCAAGGAGGCGCCCCGGACGACCUUUGGUGGUGGUGGCUGACACCAUCCUACUAAUACAACUGGCCGUGGUGGACCUCCUCUACUGCUCCAUCACGUUGCCCAUCAUCAUGGUAACUUACCUCCGCCCUGAGCCUCUGCCUUACACCUUCUGUGCCACUGCUGGGUUCAUCAGGAUUGCCAACGCCAACGUCGAGUUUAACACACUGGGUUUGGUGGCUAUCGAGAGGUUCUACCACAUCAAGCGUGGGCGUAGUGUGGGCGGCGGCCUCUUCUCCGUGAAGCUGACUCGUCUCUACUGUUUGUGCCUGUGGGCGGUGGGCGUGUUAUUCCAAGUGCCUUUCGUAGCUACUGGUCAGUAUGGCUUCAACCAGUGGACGUACAAGUGUGACCUGAUCAUCGGGAGGGUGACGAGGGUGGUAAUGGUACUGGGAGAGGUGUUGCUGCCGCUCCUAGUCAUAUUAGGGUGUUACAUAGCCAUCCUCUAUCGGGUCCGUCAUUCUAAAACUCUCCUCGCCAAGUACAUGGAUGGUCACGAGUCAAAGAGAGGUCUGGGAGGCCAGCCGAUAGGUCUGAUGCGCCGGUACAAGGCCGCGUCACGGAGCCUGUUGGGCAUUGUGGUGAUGUAUCUAGUGUGUAUCUUGCCCGUGAGUGUCUACAACAUAGUGGGUCAAGAUGGCAGCUGGAAGGAAGCUGGUAUCAUCCUGUACAGUAUCUACUGGUUACAGUACAUCGCCAACACCAUCAUCUAUGUUAUGAGCAACAUUCGGUACAGGGUGGCUCUCAGGGUGUUUAUGACGAUGUCAUCAGGUAACAAACUACAAAGAGGAGGUACAGCUGUUCGUGUAACGACUGGAAGCCGCAUAGGGCAGUUCAACUCCUACCUCAACUUGAAGAGGUCCAGUUGUCGUGGUCACAAUGGCAUGGCUGGUCUGUUUGAAACCUGAUGAUUCAUAUUAUGCUCCACGCCCAAAAAACAUGUGGAUAACUGUGAGGAACACCAGCAUCUGUCUGGAGCCCACGCGGCGGAUAGAGGGGAGUCGAUCACGUUCUGACGAGGUGCCAUUCCUGCCGCUACUGGAGGACUCCCCACCCACCGCACCCUCCACCUCCUCAUUGUCAUCACUAAGGCGGUGGGCAUCAACAGGGAACUCCUCCUCCGAGGAUUCAAAGACGUCAAAGGUGAGGUCCUCGGGUAGGUCAUCGGAGAGGGAGAGACGGAGGGAGCGUCUGGAGGGCGUGGUGGAGUGGCGGGAGGAGCGGCUCUGUGGCGUUUCCGGCGGGAGGGUCACUGUACGGAAACUCACCUCCUGAUCACCUGUGGCAUGGGAAAAUGUUCUCUCAAUGAGUGAGCGAGUUUAGCCACAACAGCAACGUCUCCACAGGCCUGGUAGUCAAUGCACUGUGACUUGACCUCCGUCAUGGCCCUCUCUUGCCCUUCAGCAUCAUACGUAACCACCAGAGAGCCGUUAAGAGCCAGCCCAUCCUCCUCAUUGUAGACGCCCACUCGCAGCAGCCCAGCACCUCGACGAGCACCAACACGGCGGAAGUUUAGCACCUAGAGGAACAAUAAGCGAGAUAUAGAAUAAAUUUGGUGCAUUUUUUUCCUUCUAAUUUUUCAGUGAUUUUUUGACUUCAUCUCCAAGUGUAAUAUACCAUAUGCCAUGCCUUGUAACAACACCUGACUAGACACCAAAUUUCUGGAUUUUUUAAGCAUAUUUAUAUGUCAAACUCUGCUCAAAGUUAACGUACAUGGACCUACAGAAAAAGUUGUAUAAAACUAACUUGUCUUCUCUGGAAAUUCUACUACAAUACCUUCCUAUGGCUCUCUAUGUGUGAGGCAGAUCAAGAGGUACAGAGACCACAAAGAGAAGGAGAAAUAUGAAAGGAGAGUCAUGUAAGAAAGGUGUAGAAAGUUACAAGACAAGGCUAUGUACACUCACUAAAAUAUUAUUCUGCACCUUUUCAGGGUUAUACAAGAUGACACACCGGGCCAAGAAAUCUGAUAACACUUGUCACGGCUUCUCUGACAGUGAUCAUUGCAGUUGGUUUCAGAGGCAAGAUUGUAGAAUAUUUCUUUAGUGAGUGUACAAGUGUGACCUUCUACUGUACUCAAAAGUGAAGAAGAGACUACUGUAUUAUAUUAAUAAAAGUUUCUGCCUUAUAA